AUGUCUGGUCGGUACGCACCUCUCGCAAAUCCACGCUCAGCGCCGGAUGCAGAGCGAGAGAUGGAGGAUGCAUUCGAUCUGGAUGACGACGAAAACGACGAGGAAACCGCACACGAAUCCACGCGGCUCACGAACGACAAUGUUGAUGCUGAAGCCUCCAGAGUGGAAUCCACUUCGAAGGUGGAGACGAGCGCUAUCCCAGGCACAUACGACUUUGAACGGGAAUACGAUUUCCCCCCACCUGGGUCACCACCUCGACCAUCUUCCCGGGCGCUUCCCAACGAUUAUGGAAAUUCGAAUGGGCUUCUACCCACUGACCCCGUAGAUAUCCCAAAACCCAAGCAGUCCAUCUUUAGAAGAGCCUUUGGAGCAAUUCUUCCUACCCACUAUCAGCCUGUGCCCACCAGCUCGUCAACGAGAAUUGGCGGAGGUAUUGAGAAUGAUGGUGUAUUUGCGAACGUUACCGCCAAACCGCAGGCUGCUCGGGUGGUUCGGACAGACGAUGGUGAUAUUCACCUGGUCCCUGAGGAUAAUCAGAAGGAGAGCCCGCCUUCAUACCUAGAAGCUCAGCAGGAUACCGUGCCGCCGUACUGGGAAACCACAGUCCAUGCACCUGCGGGAUUGGACGGUACAGGCGACAUGAUCAUAGAUGAUCUCCCAACAGGCUCCUUCCUCGUUUUCUGCCUCAACAUCUUUAUUUCCUUUUUCUUCCAAUUCAUAGGUUUCCUUCUAACAUAUCUUCUACACACAUCACAUGCUGCCAAAUUCGGCUCUCGAGCAGGAUUGGGGCUCACUCUCAUUCAGUAUGGAUUCUACUCGCGGACGAUGAACUUCAAUGAGGACAGCAACCGAACAGACCCGAGUGCAGGCGAUGGAUGGGACAGCCCCCCUGCAGCUCCCGUUCCUUCCGACUCAGUAUCUGAUACCAGCUCUACCGUUCAGCCAGAGGUUCUGUCUGCCACCUCCAAAGACUGGUUGUCUUUCCUCUUCAUGACCCUUGGAUGGUUCCUUUUACUGUCCUCCAUUAUAGGUUACUGGAGAGUCAAACGAUGGGAGAAGUCCAUCAGAGCCCCAGUUACUCCACCAAGUGCUGAGCAGGUCGAACACGAUGCCGCUGUCCGCCGCGGGUUGGAAAAUAUCUUUGGAAUCAGCAUCGGUGGCCCACCAGGCCAGCAGCAGCACCAGCCGACCAUCAUUCACGGGGAUGAAUUUGGUAACACUAUCGUUAUUCCCUCGCAAAGUGCCCUGGAAGACGCUAGGCUACAAAGAAAUCUCAGGGCAGCUGGUAUCCUAUAG